AAUACGGGCUCCGAGGGGUUGCUUUCGGGUGCGCUGAGGUGUGCCCUAAUGGCCAGGCAUUCAACCAGCGCAGUUAGGGAGCGUGUGGUCAUGGCUGCAGUCAUUUGCCUUGAUUUAUUUACGCGUGUUAUUUGCUGUCAGGUCAUAUGAGUGAGGUCGCCCUGUCCUGGAAAUGCGUGUAUAAAAAGCAACAGAGCCUGUCUAAAAGCAGAGGACCAUUACGCAUUGCGGCGGCAGGCGGAGAACGGUGUGUUUUUAUAUGUUUACAAUGUCCCUGACAGGCUGAGCGGUCAGUGAAGGAGAUACCAAAAAGUAAACAAAGGCACGUGGGGAAUGUUUGCGAUUCUUUUAAGCGAGAAGGCCUAUACUGGAGCCCACCUUUAAGUCAACUUCAUACACAAAGUAGUUUCUCCUUUCAGAAGCAACAGCUGGCAAUGGGAAGACCUCUUCAACUCAUAUGUGAUCAGUAGCUCUGAUUGCCAUGGGCCACAUCACUAUGUAAUCCAAGUAGAACCAUUACAACCAUUGCAACAGCCAUUUUUUUUUAUCUGAAACGUUCUGUUGUCAUACAGACCUCAAGUAAAUAUUUUACUUUCGUAUUUUGUUCCAAUAAACUUAAAGUGGACUAGUAAAAACAUAGGCUUACCAUACGCAUAACAAAUAAACAUUUCGAAUGGAGGGCACCUGUGCUAUCAUUUUAGCUGUAAAACAUGCCUGAGUUUCCCAUCACUACCGAGCCAACUAAGCCUCUGCUGAAAACCGGGCCUUUCCUCUCUAUCCAAUGGGCAUGUUUGCUUUUCAGCGGGCAAUAUUCAGCUACCGGGGGAGAGAAGCGGAAAAGGGGGGUGCAUGUGUGGGCUGAUUAGUGUGUUCUGGAGACCGGUAUCUCCUCUCUCUCCCCACCGUUUCCCGCUAUGGCUUUGGCGGAGGGAGAAGUCUUUACGUGGGGCUGAUGAUGACAGAGGUCGCCUAAUGGGCAAGUGAAGAGCGGCGGAGGCGAGACAAGGCACAGUGCACAGCAGACCAGGAACACAUACAGUAAUACACUUACCAUCACCAAUCAGCACCGGGAUAUCCCUUCCAUCUCCACUGAAGAUCACUGGAAAACUAUUUUUUCUUGUUGCUGAAAAUCUACCACAAGAAACUGUCCUACAUUUGUCCCUUUUCUGUGGCGCGGAGAACUAUUUGACAAGGACUUUAGACAGCGGCGCAGGAUGCCUCAAAAAGAAUACCACAACCAAUCCACGUGGGAGUCUGGCGUAGCCUCAAUGAUGCAGAACAAGGUGUAUGACAUCUGUGAUGAAGGUCACAGCGGUGUGAACCAGCUGGGCGGUGUGUUCGUUAACGGUAGACCGCUACCGGACACCACCAGGCAGAAAAUCGUCGAACUUGCUCACAGUGGUGCACGGCCGUGUGACAUCUCCAGGAUUCUGCAGACCCAUGAUGACUCAAAAGUCCAAGUGCUGGACAAUGAAAACGUGUCCAACGGGUGCGUGAGUAAGAUCCUGGGCAGAUACUAUGAGACUGGCUCCAUUAGACCGAGAGCGAUUGGAGGCAGCAAACCGAGGGUAGCCACUCCAGAGGUGGUGGGGAAGAUAGCGCAGUACAAGCGGGAGUGCCCGUCUAUCUUCGCCUGGGAGAUCCGAGACAGACUGUUGUCAGAGGGGGUCUGCACCAACGACAAUAUACCCAGUGUAAGUGCAGUGAGUGUGUCAUCGAUAAACAGAGUCCUUCGCAACCUGGCUAGCGAAAAGCAACAGAUGGGCGCAGAUGGCAUGUAUGACAAGCUGAGAAUGCUCAACGGUCAGACAGGAACUUGGGGGACCCGACCCGGCUGGUACCCCGGAACUUCAGUGCCAGGACAGCCCAGCCAAGAUGGCUGUCAAUCACAGGACGGAGCAGGAGAGAACACUAACUCCAUAAGUUCAAACGGGGAGGAUUCAGAUGAGACGCAGAUGCGACUUCAAUUAAAGAGAAAACUACAGAGAAACCGCACGUCGUUCACUCAAGAGCAGAUCGAAGCACUGGAAAAGGAAUUUGAAAGGACUCACUAUCCUGACGUUUUCGCGAGAGAAAGACUUGCAGCGAAAAUAGAUCUGCCAGAAGCAAGAAUACAGGUCUGGUUCUCUAACAGAAGAGCGAAGUGGAGGCGAGAAGAGAAGCUCCGCAACCAGCGUCGUCAGGCCAGUAACUCCUCCAGUCACAUCCCCAUUAGCAGCAGCUUUAGCACAAGCGUCUACCAGGCAAUCCCUCAACCCGCCACACCCGUAUCAUUCUCUUCUGGGUCUAUGCUGGGCAGACCUGACACCGCCCUCACAAACACCUACAGUGCACUGCCUCCCAUGCCUAGCUUCACCAUGGCUAACAACCUGCCUAUGCAACCCAGCCAGACCUCCUAUUCCUGCAUGCUGCCUACCAGUCCGUCAGUGAAUGGGCGGAGCUACGACACAUACACGCCCCCUCAUAUGCAGGCACAUAUGAACAGCCAAUCAAUGACCACUUCUGGUACCACCUCAACAGGACUCAUCUCUCCUGGAGUGUCUGUCCCUGUCCAAGUCCCCGGUGGCGAACCUGACAUGUCCCAGUACUGGUCAAGACUACAGUAGAGAAAAGAGCUAUUUCACCCUGUGACUGUCCAUCCUCCUGUACCAGCCAUCGCCCUCCGCCGGCGUCCCAGACAUGCAUAGAGAGAACUGGAGGAGUGGAGUCUCUGGAAGAACCCUACAAACUACGGGGCUUGGUUUAUUCACUGGGACCGUGGGCUGCUCGCUAGCUCCUGGCACAUGUGAGAACGCUAGGGGAGAUCAACAUUUGAGAGAGAGGAGUAAGAAAAAAAACAUGGACCUAUGUGAAGUGCCCGGUGUAAAAAAAAAAAAAAA